UGGGCAGAGCAGAGAGGCUCUGCUGUUACCACAGCAUUGCAGCAGAACAGACGUGGCUUGCAGCGGGGGAGGUUGCCUAAUUUAGAGACCUCAACUGCCACAGCUGCCUUGGCAUUUCCACUGCAGGUGGGACAUGCAGUUAAAAUGUGCAGAUUUUACUGUGUCCAUCUUGUGGGCCAGAGGACAAGUGCAGCAGGCUGCUGUGUGCUGUAUUCCCUUAUUUUGAGUAUCCGGUCACAGGGCUCAUGAGUGAGGUAGUAUUGCUUUCUAAAGCUUUUGAAAAAAUAGUACAGGAAAUAUGAACCUAUGAGAAUGUUACAGUGAGUCUGAAAAUUUAGAGACUCAGAGGUGACAUCCAGGAUACAAGGAGUUUGGGCUGUAGCACGUCAUCUAAACACACAGAACUGUGUUUGUAAGCAGCGGGCAUACAUUAGUAUUCUAGGGAUUUUAUUCUUGAUUAACAAGAAUUGUUAUUAACACAUCAUUAACACAUAAAUGGUGUUUUCUGCCACUUGUGUCCAGUAAAAUUUGUUUAUUCUUUUAUAAAACCUCUCAAGGACAGCUUCCAGGCUUGAAAAAUCCUAAGCUACACCUUAGGAAAAUUGAAAGCCAUCAAAAAAAGGCAAGGACAAGCUGAGCAGGGAUAUGAUUUUUGUCUAGAAAUAUGUAAAAGGUGUAAAUAAUGAGGCAGGAGAAAAGUUAUGGAAGGAAAGGAAAAUGCUGGCACAAGAACAAUGGUAUAAAAUGGCCAGACACCACACGUUUUGGAUGGAAAUUACUGGAAGGUUUCUCAUCACUAGAGCACUGAGGUUUAGGAACAGUCUGUCAAUAGAAGACAGAAAGACAAUAGAAGACGACAACGAUGACCGUAUUUCCUGUGGGACAGGAAGCCCUAACUACUUUAAAAAUGCAGCUGAAUAACUGGACAUCUAAUACCCAUGUUCGGAAGCCAUGAAUUCCAGAAAAUUACUCUCAGAAACGCAGAGAACAUUUCCUGCUGCUAAAGUACACUGCCAGCAGCCAUCACGGAUUCUCAUUGUGGAUGUCACAUCAGCUUCCUGGACCAACACUUGCUCUGUACUCUCUGAAGCUCUGGAAAACAUGCUCUGUUUGGCAUGCAGUUUGACAGGCCCCUGCCGUGUUCCCCUGCUGAGCCUCUACGUGGUGCAGAACCAGCAGGAGUGCCUGCUUCCUUUUACGCAAGUGAAAGAAAACUUUGCACGAAUUCAAGCCUGCAUUUCGGAGCUCCGUUCACUACCAAGAGAAGGCUGUUUCCCACAGGGGGGAAAUGGAGUGGUACAAGCUGUGCAGGAUGGAUUGCAACAGUUCAAACAAUACAGCAGACACACAGCAGCAGGAGGCUCAACAAAUAGUUCUGUUGAGAUCACAAUUUUGACCAGCCAGUCCAGCAAAGAAAUGGUAAAGCAGCUGGAAAAGAAGUUAAAAGAUGUAGACCUUGUGAGUCUGCGAAGAAUACAAGUAAUUGAAAUUUUGAAGAGAGACUUUCUGGAGCCUGAGGAUGUAGAACAGCACGUGCCAGCAGAAGAGCCCAGCAGCAAUGACGUUGCAAUCCUGGGAAUGGACAUUGAUGUGCAAACCAUAGAGGACAAUGUCAUCAGCUUGGAGAUGCUGUUUAAAACAUGGCUACAUGACUAUGGCACAGAGAGAGAACACCUCCAUCUCCUCCUUCCAUCAGGAGGCUUCAGUCACCCCACUGCACCCAAGACCACCCUAAUGUGCCUGAAGUGCGAUUUGCAGGAGAGAUUGCUCGACCCAGCUCUACUUUCUGGGAUGGUUGAUGGCACCAUGAGAGCAGCAGAUUUGAAUUCACCCUGCCAGAUGGCAGCCUGGCCAGCUACAGUGCUGUAUAAACUCCAGGUUGUAAAGGCUCUGAAGUCUGAAGGGGUCUGUGAGUCUGUAGUGUAUGGCCUGCCCUUCAUCAUCAAGCCCACAAGCUGCUGGCAGCUAGACUGGGAUGAACUGGAGAUAAACCAGCACAGCUUCCAUGCUCUAUGUCAUAGUCUUCUGAAAAGGAAGUGGAUGCUUUUGGCCAAACGUGAGCCACAGAACACUAGUCCAAACUGGAACAUCAUGAUGCAUUCCUACUACAUCAUUGUCCCUUCUGACUCCGCCACUCUACUUGUCAAAGCAGUCGCCAUCAGAGAGCUCUUGCUGCCGUCAACCUUCCCAGCCCUCCUUGCUGAACAUCCUGAGAGAGUGCAUGGCCCUAUAGAGAGUGCCCUGAACAGCUUGGAAGUGGAAGUUGCUUAUAACCCCUUGCACCUAAAAAGCAACCUCUACAAGUAUCUGAAGAGUAUGUUGUACAAACCUCUGCACAGGCACCAGGCCCAGCCCAGGGACCAGCGACCAGAGCGGCAUCAACCCAAGCAGCAACAGAGCAGAGCCAAAGCCACAGUGGCACCCCUUCUGAUGGCUCCUUCUCCGGUCCAAGCGUUCAGAUCAGCAGCAGUGAGGAAAGAUUCCUGUGAGCGCUCCCUGCUCCCCAAAGAGUAUGACGAGUUCCUGCAGUGAACCCCAGGACACUGCUUGAGCCUGCUCAUGUGCAGUCAUGGCUUGGCUUCUUGCUUGGCUGCCAAGCCUUACACAUUGGGCCGGCAGCGGUCAGGCAAGACACUAAGCUUGGCCUUGGUCAGAUGGGCACUUCCCAUUGUUUGUUCCUCGUUGUUUUAUGGGUUUGUUAGUCACCAAGUCAGUCUGCAGGAAGCCUGCUACUCUGGGGCCCUCUGUCCAGAGAUUCAGCUAUCCCCCACAACACCCCGUAUUUCCCAUUCUUGUCAGCACACAUCACCAGCACGCCUCACAUUUUGGUUUCUGAGACUAGGCUAGUACAGGCCACAAACCACAGAUUGCUGUCAGUGGGUGCAGAAAAGCUUCAAGCAGGGCGGUGAGGAAUUCAGACAGCUAGAUAAAGUAGGCAGUAACAUGAAGCUGCCCUCAUCC